UUUUUCUAUCACUCAGCUGCACUGAAGCCCGACGCCUCUGGUAGCCAGUGGUGGAGCAGUGAGAAGCUGGUUUUGUGCUGCGCUUUUACGGGAGAAGCCUGGCUGCAUUAACUCUUACUAAAACAAGCACCUAGAGAACUUAAGCAAAAUCCAGUGAUGGAGGUCAACUCCACAGAAGCCAGCAGCAGCUCCCAGGGAGGCACCAGCUGGCUGGAUCUCACCCUUGUCACCUGCACUGAAACGGUGGCUUUCACAGAAGUGGUGGCAGAAGAGGAGUGGGGAUCCUUUUACUAUUCCUUUAAGACAGAGCAGCUGGUGACUCUUUGGAUUCUCUUUAUUGUCACAAUUGCUGGAAACGCCACUGUGCUCUUCUCUACCUGGAGGAGGAAGCGGAAAUCUCGAAUGACCUACUUUGUUACUCAGCUGGCAAUCACAGAUUCAUUCACAGGACUCAUCAACAUAAUGACUGAUAUCAUUUGGCGCUACACUGGAGAUUUUAUGGCCCCUGAUAUCGUUUGCAGGGUUGUUCGCUACUUCCAGGUGGUCCUUCUCUAUGCCUCGACUUACGUCCUCGUGUCACUGAGCAUAGACCGCUAUCAUGCCAUAGUUUACCCCAUGAAGUUCUUCCAAGGAGAAAGACAGGCGAAAGUGCUUAUUGGAGUGGCUUGGAGCCUCUCUUUCCUGUUUUCCAUACCAACUCUGAUUAUUUUUGGGAAACGGCAGCUCUCCAAUGGGGAAGUGCAGUGCUGGGCUCUCUGGCCUGAUGACUCCUACUGGAUCCCCUACAUGACUGUGGUGGCUUUCCUGGUGUAUUUCAUUCCUCUGAUCAUUAUCAGCGUCAUCUACUCAAUUGUGAUUCGAACCAUCUGGGUGAAGAGCAAAGCUCAGGCUGUCAUCAUAUCCAGCUGUCCUGGUGGCAAAACCUCCACUGGCUACACCAGGCGUGGGUUCAUAUCCAGGGCGAAAGUGAAAGCGAUCAAAUACAGCAUUGUAAUUAUCCUUGGGAAAGAAGAGCUCAAAGGCUGGGGGGAACUUUCCGGGACAGGAGCGAUGGAAGGCAGGAGAUGCAGGUCCUGUCCAAACCAGAAUACAUCUAGCACAGACAAUGCUCUGCAAAUCCACAGUGGCACCUGGACAGAGGAAAACAGAGGUCCCCAACAAGUGAAGUGGAUGGGCACUGAAUGGCAAGAGCUCUUGUGCACCCUAUAGCACAUAUAUUUUGGAUGGGCACUGCAGCUUCAUCAAUUGCACACUGCCAGUGCCAAGCUCAGCAUGGGGGUUUGCAUGCCUCUGUUGCGAGGCUUCCUCUUGACCCUCUGUUUAAAGCAAGCUGUAAUCUAUGUGCUCCAAACAGCAAAAAUAAUUGUAAAUGGUGUCUAGUAAGAGUCUUUUCUAUUUUUCAGGAGUCACUAAAAGCCAUCUACUGUACCAUCUGGCUCAUAUAACUGAUAGAGUGUUUACAAGUAAUUACAGAGCAAGGACCCCAGUUAAAAUGCAAACACAGGCACUUUUCCAAUGAGAAGACACCAUUGUCACUCUAUGUAAUUAUAUCUGUGUUUCAUAUAGAGCCACUUACAGAGAUGUAGCCAGAGAAGAGGAGAAUGAAGGGCUGGGAUACUGCCUGCCAUAUCACCUAGCCCACCUUCUCAGCUCACACCAGCUGCAUUGUCCCUGUAGCUCUUCCUCCCUUUCCAGUGUGAUAUUUCCCUGCUGUUCUGCCUUGGCACAUCAGUGGCACCCCAGUGUCCCAGCAGGACUCACACUUGACACAGCCAUUUAUUUCUAGGCUACUAGUGAAUGGUUCACCAGCCCCUCCCAGACCCCAUGGUGCAUCCCAUGUGCAGAUUCUUCCAUGCUACUGUGGCAAAGGCCCUGAGCAAUCUCUUCAGGAUCCUAUGGGGAGCUGCCAUGCAUGGCCAUUAGCCAGUGCAGAUCUAUCUCACCACCCACAAGGCAGCAUUUCCCUAUCCUGUGCCCCCUGUAAAUCAUCCCUGUCACUUAAAUCAUGCAGGGAACCAUAUACAUCUUUGCACAAACUCAGAGUUGGAAAAAGACUGAAAUUAAACCAUAGAGCUCAAAUUACAUUCAGAAAAAAAUAUCUGUUGAUAGUCCAGUCUUGUAGGUUUCAUUGUAGGUUUCACAGAGCACCGAAGGUCCAGUAGAGCUUUGCUGCAGAGUGCCCAGGCAGCUGGGCUUCCCCUUUCCCCAGCUCUCUGGGCAUCCUCCUGCCACAUUAUUCCCAAAUGUAAGGAAAAAUUUCUCAUGCAGGUGGGGGGGUGACAUUAACUUCAAUGUUCAUUUUACGACAAGGGAGCUUGAAGUGUUUGUAUUAAAAAUGCACUCUAACCAGCUGUAGGGCAAGUGAGUUUGUUUCCUCUUGGUGAAAAAAUUAUUCUCACUUAAGCAGACUCAGUUUAAAAAGGGGCUUUUAUUAUUAUGAUCUUUUGCAAUGAGUUUGUUCCCUGUAAAGCAAGAACUGAAUAAAAGAUAUUUAUAAUUGCCUAUAUCACAAAAAUACUUUUUCCUAAGUAGGAGAUAUAUAAAAUCAUGGGGCUUUAUGCUCUCAGGAAAAUAAAUAAGGUAUCUCUUUUUAUUACCAUGAAGUUCUGUUGUUUAGACUCCAUGUCUAAAUUUUGCUACUGACUAAUUAAAACUAUGAAUCUGCAGAAGCCUGUGUAGCAGCGACCUUGGAUAGACUGUAUGUAAGAACUAGACUAUUUUUUCCCAUGGGCAUGUAAUAACUUUCCUAAAAUUGGACUCCUUGGUUUAAGCUUCACAGAUUGUGUAUUUUAACUUUCUCAUCUGAUACAUGCACACUGGCUACCUACUUUUGAAAAAUUAAUGGAGUUUGUAGACUUAAUACCCGGAAAUCAGAGAACAUUUCUGAGCAGCACUUUGAUUUGCAAAUGUAAUAUGACUCAAUCCCACUAAAAUUUACAUAAUAUUCACUGGGGUCACCACAUGAAUUAUCCCAUCCAUCUAAAUUAAGCAUAUGCAUGAGUUAAUGUAGGACUCUGGACUGAAAUAAAGUCAUCAUCCAUUUAUUUUCAAGGAAACAGCUUUUUGUUUCAUCUGUUAUUGUACUAUCUACCAUUUACAAGUUGUUCUUAUCAUUUUUCCUGUGGACAUGAUUGUGAUGCCUUUCCUCAUAUCAGAAUCUUUCCGUUUAAAUGGCCUCACACUGCUUUUGUCUGCAUCCCUUCCAAGUGGUUAAAUACAGGAAUAAAUAAUUUAUCUUA